UCUGCAAACAUCACAACAGAGAGAAGCUUACAUUUGAGUACCUAACAAAAGACACGAUACUUGAAAUAAAGAUGGUGGCAGAUUGGGGGCCAGUGGUGGUUGCAGUGGCGAUGUUCAUCUUACUGUCACCAGGAUUGCUAUUUCAGCUACCAGCAAGGACUCGAGUGAUUGAGUUCGGGAACAUGUACACAAGUGGGAUUUCCAUCCUAGUUCAUGCCAUCUUAUUCUUCUGUAUAUAUACAAUCUUGAUAGUUGCUAUUGGUGUUCACAUACGAUCGGGUUGAUACUACUAGCAAUAAAGGCAGCAUUUGAGUUUUCUUCUUGGCCAAAUUUUCAUCUCUUCUUGGAAUGCUUUUGCAGAAGAGGGAAUUCUUGUUUUCUCUUAUGUUUCUUUUCUUUUGAACUAGUUGGAUCUACUGAAACACUCUGACAAAGUGUUGUGCCUUAUAUAUCAAAAUGUGUAUCAAAUUCAUCAAAUGAAAGGAACAAGUUUUUGGACCACUUCA